CCUAUGACUUAAUGCCCAAAUGAAAAGUUUCAAAGUUGAGUCAUUGCCUUAGGAGGUAGGUAGGAUCCUAAGGUCUACUUAGAAAAACAAUGAAAAUGCGAUUUCGAUUAAUAUUAAAUAGCUCGCUUUAGCAGUGGUAUCUCAGAAGUAACAGUAUAGAUCGAAAGCAUAUACCAAAAAUAGGGGUAAAUGAAACUCGGGCUAGCUUUAUAAACAUAUUUCGCUUCCAUUUCUGUUUAUUUACGACUCUAAUAGCAAUACUCUAAGUUAUAUUUUCUUAGUAUGCCGCGAAGUAAAGAAAUAGGUUAGUAUAAAUAGUUGCCGGUUUCGCGCGAGGCUCUGCUUCGUUCUAGCUCCCCGCCGCCCAUUAUAUGGUUGGCAACACGUGGCUGUGCGUGAAAAUUUAACGUAUUGGAGGUCGGAGGGCCGCCGAGAUUGGUCGCACAGCAUGCCAAACGAGGUCCUCGCGUCUACUUCUCAUAGGUGCCCAGGCUGAAUUCUCGAUCCCCAAAAUACCACAUCACCCCGCCUACCUUUACGAGUUAAAAGAACAUGGAGCCUCCCUCAUCACCGUAGCUGAAAAGCACCACCUGCAACUACUUAUCUAUGAAUUACUGUCCGGGGGCUGGCUUGACCCGGCAUCCCUCCAAGGUAUAAAUGCCCGGCGUGAUAGCAUCAUCGGUAACGGCAACUUCAGUUCGUAGACCACGCGAGCCCCGCGAAGUCGCCUCGCCACGGCCACAUCAGCAGCUAGCAGGCUGUAUACUAUGGCUACCACCUAAGCCUGAGCUACGAGAGGACUGCGGAUCCGACGUUGAGGCAGACCGGUGCAACUAUCCGGUAGUAAUCCUCUCACCACAGGCAGAAGAUGGAAUGGUAGUAUAUCUCAUGAUCACGUCACUAAAGGGGAAAGAGCUCAAGACUCGCUUUAAGCAUGACCAAAAUCUUAGGCUUGAACACAUCCCUAUCCGGCCAAGCCAACCGCAUCCAGACAAUGGAAUUCUCCUUAGUCUCGAGGAUGUGACACUCGUGCUGCGGAAGAAAUCUUACGUUAAGACGAAGACACAAUACCGCAUUCAGAUCGCGUCCCUACGGCCCUACGAGCGUCGAGGACCUGAGUAUGUCCUGUCGCGCAAAUCUUACCAAGAACUUAUCAAAUAUGCCAAAUUCACACCUCCGGCUCCUCAUCCCUCAUUUAAUACAGUCUCCUCUCCCAGUCGCGUAUGGGGGUACGGCCAACCCGUGCCUAUUAUUCGGGAGCGUAGCGGUAGCUAUGGCGAGUACGUGUCUGCUCAGAGACGCUUGGAAAGUGCCGCAGUGAGCCCGCCCCGCGCCCACUACGUACCGACAACGAAUAAGAAUCCACCCCAGUACGUUCGUACUGCUGCUCGGAGUGAACGAGAUCCACUGCUCGCCCAAUCAUCGUACACAUAUUCUCGCAGUUCAUAUCCCAGCUAUCCAGGCAGCUAUCCAAAUAAUAACCCGCCACACACGUAUAGAGCCUCGGCCCGGGCCGGAUACCAGAGCUCGGCACCUCCGGUACCAUUCGACUCUGAGAGAGCCUGGAGGAGAAUAAAGAUGCUCUUCUGGGUUUUCUUAGCGCUCAUAGGAGCGUAUGGAGCGUACCGUGGCGUGACCUGGUUAGUCGAUAUAGCUAAGCAGGCUAGCUUCGUGGUUAAAAGUGGUAUUGAGCAAACCGGAAAUAAAAUUGGCAUCUUUUGGUCAACCCUAGCGAAGCUAGGUACUCCCUAGGACUCGCUCUUCCCUUUCCCCUUUUAUUUCUCAUAUUUUGCGUGGCUUGCGAGAUUUUCUCGUUGUAAUCUCACGGUUAUAUGGAUGGACAUGGAAUGGAAUCGGUAGCAAAAUGGAAAAUGUACAAUUGGCAUUAUGUAUUUGAGGAGGCUUAUAUACGGGGACCUUCACGAUAUUAAGUAGAAUGGCAACAUCGGUUAAAAUGAAUCCUGUUACUGAUUCGUUGCCGGGACCUCGGUAUCAGAGAUAUCGCAAUUUUUUAUAUACUGCUGAGGGGAAGAAGUCUCUUUGCAGUCCGGCGUAAGUGUCGCGGUAGCAACUUGUCUCACAACAGUUCUAGAUUAAUACUUAGUAGUGUUCAUGUCACGCAACUAUCACUAACAGCUUGCA